CCGGAGGGGAGGUGGGGGCGCCCUCUCUGGGCUCUGUGAUUGGCUGCAGACGGCCACGCGGCGGGAGCCGGGGGGCAGGUGCGUGCCACGUGGGCAGGAGACGGCGCGUGAGGGGUCUGCAGAUCCACACCAAGAUGGCCACCAUCCCCCAUGACUUCAACAUCGACGCCCCGCGCUGGGACCAGAGCACCUUCAUGGGGCGCCUGAAGCACUUCCUCAACAUCACCGACCCACGGACCGUGCUAGUGCCGGAGAAGGAGCUGGACCGGGCCAAGACUCUGGUGGAAGCCUGCAGGACUGGGCUGGUGCCACCAGGAAGCAGCCUGGAGCAGCUGCUGUACGCCAAGAAGCUGUACGACUCAGCCUUCCACCCUGACAGCGGUGAGAAGAUGAACCUUGUUGGGAGGAUGUCCUUCCAGGUGCCAGGGGGCAUGGCCCUCACCGGCUGCAUGCUCCAGUUCUACCGGACGGUGCCUGCUGUGGUUUUCUGGCAGUGGGUGAACCAGUCCUUCAACGCCUUCGUCAACUACACAAAUCGCAAUGCUGCCUGCCCCAUCUCACUGAAGCAAAUUGGGGUGGCUUAUGUGACAGCCACUGGUACAGCCCUGGCCACCGCGGUGGGACUCAACCUCUACACAAAGCGAGCACCCCCUUUGCUGGCCCGUUGGGUCCCCUUCGUGGCCGUGGCUGCUGCCAACUGCGUUAAUAUCCCCAUGAUGCGGCAACAGGAGAUCAUCAACGGGGUCACAGUGACAGACCAAGACAACAACGAGCUUGGGCACUCCAGGUUAUCUUACCCAUCAUCAUGGAGCGACUGGAGAAAUACCCCUUCAUGCAGCGAAUCCGAGUUCUCCAUGGGCCUCUGCAGGUGCUUGUCAGUGGGGGCUUCCUCCUGUUCAUGGUGCCAGCAGCCUGCGCCCUGUUCCCUCAGAGAUGGUACCUGUCCCACUGCUUCCACCUCCUGCAUGGGACCUUGGGAAACUUCCUCCUCCCCUAAGUCUUCUCUGCCCAUCCCAGGAGGAGCACAAUGCUCCCCUGCAUGCACCUGAAUGUAUACACUGGAGUCCUGGGCAGCAGUGGAGCAUGUGCCUCCUCUGCUUUGCAAGCUCUGUGCUGGGAGCAUUGGGGACCCCCCAGGCUCAUGGGCAGCUCUCUGCCCCCCAGCAUUGGGCGUGAUGGGUGCCAGGAAUGGUUGGUGGGUCUUAAUGUGAGCCUGCAAGAUCCCAGGGACUGCAGGGGACCUUGCAUAUCCCUGGGGAGGGAAGGUGACCUGCCUAAUGGCCAUGGAGGAGGAUGACAGGUCUAAAUGUCUAUCCAUUCUCCCCACAGCUCCCUUGCAUUGUCCAACCUUGAGCUGGAGCUGCGUGACAGCAUCGUGACCAAGCAUGGGGACAAAGUGCCAUACGUCUACUUUAACAAGGGUCUGUGAAUGGAGACUACCUCAGGAGCCAUUGCACCUCUCCUGGUAGCCUCCUGCCACCACCAGCCACACAUUCCUUGAGCAGGGCUCAGAGGCACAGUCCAGCCAGAUCUGCACCCCUGCCCCAGCCCAGCACCCUGGUGCCUCCUCCCUGCAGAGGGGCAGGAUCUGGCUCUGUGCUCCCAGCUUGCAGCACUCUGGCUUGUCCUGAGCCUUCCCCCAUUGCUGCGAGCCAUGUGCUUGCCUCCCCAUGUUCCUUUGGGUGAUGGCUGCACUUCCAGUGCCUUCCACUACCCCAGCCUUGUGUCUGUGUGAGCCUCAUGGCUCAGCCGUGUGAGGCGUCAGGCUCUCCCCUGGUGCCCAGAGUGCAGUCCUACCUCCAAAAGCAGGUGCUCUGCCAUUGCACCGGGAACCAAACCACAUUGCUGCCUUACACCACCACAGUGGCCUUUUACCAAGAGGGACCUCUCCCCUCUGCACAGGGAGCAUCCUGAAGUCGAGGGACCAAUGCUUGGACCAUGCCUUCCUUAUUCUCAGGUUCAGGUUUUAAUUCGCUUUGCGUUGCCACAAUCCAGGAGAGAAACACUUGUUUUUUUAAGCUCUAAUUUUUGCAAUCUACCCAUUCCUCUGAGCACAAGAGCCAGCCAUCACCCUUGUCCCAGAUCUCACUGUCUCUACAGUAGGACCAAGGAUCUGCAGCUUUGGGGGACAGUUGACUCUGGCCUGCCUUGGGCAGGGGGAAGCAGACACAAGAGUUACAAGGCUGGCAAGGCAUUAACUCAGACUCUGAGUGGCAGCACUGAAAAUGGCAGAGAGGAGGGUUGAGUAAUUAAAUUUUAAAAGCAGCUGUGGGCUCUGCUUCUGGCUGGUUCCCUGGGCAGGGCUGGCACAUGGGUCUCAUGCCUGCCUUGAAAGGGAAGGGUGUAGGUGCUGUGACUGACCACCCACCAGGAUGAGGGCACAGGGGCCAGGAGAAGGAGGAAGAGCCAUGAGGCUCUGCAAGAGCUGACAUGAGCCCUGAAACCCUUAGGCAUCCCAUGCAGACUCCCCAGAGAUGUUCUUGGGGUUGCAGAUAGUCCUGAGGCAAGUGACAAAGGAAGGUGAUAGUGCUGUGCUCAUGGUGACUCAUCCCACUGGGGGUAUCAAGGGAUGUCACUGCCUGACCCUACACCUGUGGAUGCUCUUUGUCUCCUUGGCCAGGCAGUGUUUGCAGUGAUGCUAACUUGGGUCUGCCACAAGGCCUCUCCCACCCCAAAGAAGAGCAGCUUAAGUUUGCUGCAGCCUAUGUUUCGGAAGAAGGAGACCCAGAGUUUAGUCCUAGUCCUGGGCUAAAGUCCCUGCCCUCAACCAGCUGCAUCCAGGCUCUCUUCUUGCUGGUGAGCAUCCCUUGGCAGGAUAAAGGUAUUUCUAAUCAGCUGUCUGGUGUGGCUACUUGGAGAGCCCCAUGGUCAUCCCUUCAGCCAGGGAUACCUGUCAGAUUUCCAUGUGGAGACACAGGGUCUUCAGCAAAAGGGCUUUAUGGCAUUAAGCACUCCACUCCUACAAACAGAGCAGCCAAACCCAAAAUGUACUUCUUGAAAGGCCAAGCUGUAUCUACAACAGGUUUGCCUCUGCCCAAGCUGCAACAGGCAGAGGAUAAUGUCUGCAACCACAUGUAGUUACAGCUAGAAAGUUGUAUAAGAGCUCUGAAAUAAUUAAUAGGUCAGCAGAAAGUAGGAAAACGUGUUAAAACUUGUGUAUCUGUUCCCUGGGCAUUACUAGAUCUCUUGUUAAUGCACAAUUAAAAUAAUAGAUAAGCACAUGAAAUGUAACAGAUGUCACUCCUGUUGCAAGUGGGAAGAAGCCACAAGCAGACAUCUUUGCUCUCCUUAACUGUACACCCAAAAGUGCUUUGAGCACUUUCAGGAAUGCACCUGUAGCAGCCUGGGCUGCACUCGGGUCCAGGGUGCCUCUCACACACUAGGGAGCACAGUAAUGCUUUAAAACUGCCCCUCCCUGCACAUCACAGCCAUGCUCUUGCUGUUGACCCUUCCUGCAUUUGCAGCAAGUGAGUCCCGACAGGGCUCUGCAGCCAGUGAUGCCAGGGCAGCAUCCUGGGACCACAGUGGGAAAGCCUUAGCAUUAUUGCUGUCCCCAGCCAUACCAGAGGGGCAAUGGAGCAGAGGGAUCCUCUGAAGAACUACUGCCAUCUCACACCAGCUCAUCCCCCACCCUGGGGAGCAGGGCAUGGUGCUGGGUGUUGCUUUGGACAGAGGAAUUGGGUUGCUCUGGGCUUGAAGGAUAUUCAAGCCAUCCUCAAACCUGACUUCACCCCCCCGAGCUUAUAGCAGUGGAUUCCCUCUUCAGAUCGACAUGGAUUUAUGCCAGCUGACAGCUUAGCUCAGUGGGGUUUGUAGGUUUCUAGGUUGUAGCUCCCAUCUCUCCUGAGGUUUUAAGUCAUCUCAACAGCUCAUGUUGCCCUGGUGUCAGGAGAUGGUUGCUGCAGCAGUGCCUUCCUGUACUCCCUAAAACCACAGCAACUCCCCAGCAUGCCUUGGUCUCCUUAGGGAGCAGAGGGGUCACAGCCACGCUGCAGCCACCAAGUCCCUGUGCUUCCAAGGGUGGCUCUACCAGCCUGCCUCCAUCUCCCACUGCUGCAGUACAAAGGAAACCUCAUUGCCAGGAGUCAGAGCCGGACUCACCCCUGUUUGGGAAGAGCUGCAAGCAUUAAUUGCUCUCCAGUGAUGAGUCACACCUGUUCCAGGCUGGUUCUGCGCUCCCAUUGAAUUCAUGCCUUCUCCCAGCUGUGCCUCUAAUUGUGGGGCUAGCUGGGAACAGGA